AUGCUUCAUUGUCUUUCUGAGUUGAAGAUAAAAUUAGGUCUUACAACAGCACCUCAACCAGCUAAACGCAAAAUACCUUUAGGACCCAUAGGCAAAAAACAUUUUAAGGACUCAGGUUACACACUUAUCCAACUUUAUGGGGACAAUGAAGUCAAGACGUCGCGAUAUACUUGGUAUAAUUUUAUAUUUAAAAAUCUUAAUGAACAAGCACAAAGAGUUGCAAAUUUUUAUUUUAUCUGUAUCGUGAUCCUUCAAGCAUUCACCGACUCUCCAGUGACUCCAUUUGUUUCAAUUCUUCCUCUUGCUUUUGUCAUAACACUUACUUUAAUCAAACAAGGUUACGAAGACUGGCUCAGACAUAAAGCAGAUAGAGAAAUAAACUACACACCUGUUCAAAUUAUAACAGAAAACGGCGAUCUCACUGUAAUUCCUGCAAAAAGCAUACAAUUAGGCGACAUCGUCUUAUGUCGCGCAAAUGAUACUUUCCCAUGUGAUAUGGUUUUGUUAAGUUCUAGUGAGUAUUCUGGUGAAUGUUUUGCCACAACCUCAAGCUUGGAUGGGGAAACUAAUUUGAAAAAAUUUCUGUCUCCAGCUGAAACAAUGGAUUAUGAAACACCCUCUUCUAUUAUUUCUAACUUGUCAGGACUUAUAGUUUGCCAACAACCAAUUGCUGACCUUUACAAAUUCAUUGGCCGCAUUGAAGUUUCUAAACCUGGACACCCUAUUCCCAUUACCAUGCCAAUCGCCACUGAGAAUCUUCUUUUACGGGGCGCAAGACUAAGAAACACUGAUUACAUUUACGGAUGUGCUGUAUAUACUGGACAAGAUACUAAAAUGGCAAUGAAUUCAAAGGGUAAACAAACAAAAUUUAGUCAGGUUGAGCGAAAGUUGAAUGCAUUUCUCGUUAUUAUACUCAUAUUUUUGAUUUGUAUCUCACUUCUUUAUACAAUACUUAAGAACGCUUCAGCUAACAACUAUAUUUGGUAUAUAAACUCGAUUCCAAAUACAGCAUGGUUGAUUGUACAAGAUUUUCUCGGAUUUAUUGUACUUUUCAAUUACAUCAUACCUAUAUCGCUUUAUGUCACAAUUGAAGUGCAAAAAUUCGUUGGAUCGAUGUUUUUUGUAUGGGAUAAGGAGUUAUAUGAUGAAAAAUUGAAUCAGCCUGCUGUCGCAAACACGUCGGAUAUAAUAGAAGAAAUGGGUCAAGUGAGUAUAAUAAAGAUUACACGUUAUUAA